CCGGCACACAGUAUAUGAUGGCCAAGUAACCCCCAUGAUCACAACUCCAGCGCUGGGGAGGGUCCAGGACACUCGUUGCAGACCAAGCAGGUGGCGGUGUGGAUACGCGGUCCACACAUCAAGGAGAGGAACUUUCGCUUGACCUGGAUACCGGACCGUCAACCUCUUGUUUUGCGGACCUUGCCCGGCGCCCGAUACAGCAGCAAGUAUUGAGGUUCAUCUUUUGUCAGUAUGAAGAUCCGAGAAGGAAAGAUCAUGAAUCAGGGGCAGCAGGAUGAGCUGGAGGUGUGGGGGUACCGACCCUGUUUGUGGAAAGUCAUCCUGGUGGGUGUUGGUGCUGUUUGCUCUGGUGGUCUCCUGCUGCUGCUGCUCUACUGGGUGCCUGAGUGGGGGGUCAAAGCCACCUGCACACCCACCUCACUGGAGGAGGCAAGCAGACUGCUUCUUAGGACCACGGAUGACUUUAGGCAGUGGUUUCGUGCCAAAAUACAUGUGGUUUGGGCUCCAGGGAAGACACCCUUUGAUAGUCUGGAUCCGCUGUCCACAGCUCAGUUACAUGAUGGAGAUGAACACCACAGCCUCAAGGAGAAUUACGGGAAAUUCACUCAGAGAAAAUCUUUUAAGGUGCAGUACUUCAACCACCACAGCAUCAAAUACUUCUGGAAUGAAGGGACAAAGAACUUUGAACCAUACAAGGGCUUGGAGGAUACAAUUGUGAGCUGUGCAGACAUUCACAGCAACCAUACCUCUGGACUCACUAAAACCCUGCAGGACUACAGAGCUUUGUUUUUUGACAAGAAUGAGAUUGACGUAAAUGUGCCGCCUUUAAUCAAGAUCUUCAUUAAAGAGGUCAUGAAUCCGUUUUACAUCAUUCAGAUCGGCAGUUUUAUUCUGUGGACCUAUCAAAGCUUCUACGAUUACGCCUUUCUAACUCUUACUAUGGCUAUUGUUUUAAUAGCCACCUCUCUGUACACCAUUAGAAAGAAUUAUGUGAGACUGCGUGACAUGGUGAUUGCGCACUCUAUGGUACAGGUUUCAGUGUGGCGAGGAAAUACAGACAUUGAACAGAUCAUGUCGACAGAGCUGGUGCCAGGUGAUGUCAUCACUAUUCCAGCAAACGGGAUGAUCAUGGCCUGUGACGCAGCGCUUAUCUGUGGCACCUGCACUGUUUCUGAAGGCAUGUUGACAGGGGAGAGUGUUCCAGUUACUAAGACCAGUGUGCCAAAUACAAAAACGAUAUAUGAUGCAGAGGAACACAAGCAACACACCCUCUUCUGUGGCUCACAUGUUAUCCAGAGUCGUGCUGAUAAACAGGUGAAGGCGGUUGUGGUCAGAACAGGUUUUAAUACAGUAAAGGGCCAGCUUGUGCGUGGCAUUCUCCACCCUAAACCCACCGACUUCAAACUGCAUCGUGACGCUAAGCAUUUCAUGAUGGUCAUGGCGGUGGUGGCGGUGAUUGACUUCAUCUACAUCAUCACUAUUGAUGUCAUAAACCAGGUUUCUAUUGAGGUCAUCAUCACUGGUUGUUUGAACGUCGUUGCACUCUGCAUUCCUCCAAUGUUACCUGUGACUCUGACCGUUGGGCUUGUGAACGCUCAGCGGCGCAUGAAGCAAACUGGCAUCUUUUGCAUCAGUCCACAGAGAAUUAACAUCUCUGGUCUGCUGGACCUGGUCUGCUUUGACAAGACUGGCACUCUCACAGAGGACAGUUUGCACCUGUGGGGUAUUCAGAGAGCUGAAGUUGGCACUUUUUCCCCCCCAGAGACUGAGGUAGCUACAGAGAGUCUUAUGAGGACGUCGUUUGUCGCCUGCAUGGCUACCUGCCACUCACUGAUCAGCAUAGAGGACAAACUCUGUGGAGACCCUAUAGACCUCAAAGUAUUCAGUGCUACUGGCUGGAUCGUCGAGGAGCCAAAAAAAGAACAAACAGCAAUUUACAAUGCUAAAAUUUCCACGAUAGUCCGACACCCGCAGCAAGUAAUCCUUAAACUUUGUGUUUUUAUUAAGUUACCAGUAUCUUUUUCACUUUCAGCAUCUUACGGAAAAGCAUCCUUGUUAAAAUCUUUGACAUGCAACUUUCAGUGGGGGGAGUUUGGCAUUGUGCGUCAGCUCCCCUUCUCCUCAGCGCUGCAGAGGAUGAGUGUGGUGGUCAGACAACUGGGACAAAAACACUUUGACAUCUACCUGAAAGGAGCCCCAGAGACUGUGGUUAACCUCUGCAAGCUGCACACAGUCCCGCAGAGUUUCACAGAGACGUUGGAGACUUACACCCGACAGGGUUUCAGGGUUAUAGCCCUGGCACAUCACCAACUGGAGUCCAAACUCUCGUGGCAAGAAGUCCAAAACCUCAGUCGAGAGCAGUUAGAGACCAACAUGGACUUCCUAGGAUUGAUCGUCAUGCAGAACAAAAUCAAAGAACAGACUGCUGGGGUGUUGUUUGACUUACAGCAAGCCAACAUUCGGACUUUGAUGGUCACAGGUGACAACAUGUCAACAGCAAUAUCGGUGGCUCGAGACUGUGGGAUGGUUCAAGCCCAUGAGAACAUUAUUAUUGCUGAUGCUGUGCCUCCAAACAAUGAGAACCCUGCGAGUAUCACAUGGCGCUAUUCUGACAACUAUGUUGUGAACAACAAUCAGACUGCUGAGGUCAGCUUUGCUGGGGAUGGGUUGAAGGACAAGGAGGAGGAGCAAGGCUAUCAUUUUGCUGUAAGCGGCCAAGCCUUCGCUGUCAUCACACAACACUUUCCAGAACUUUUCCAGAAGUUCCUCCUGAGAGCCACUGUGUUUGCUCGCAUGACUCCAGACCAGAAGACUCAGCUGGUGGAAGUCCUUCAAAACAUUGAUUACAUGGUAGGGAUGUGUGGAGAUGGCGCUAAUGACUGUGGGGCCCUUAAGAAAGCACACAGUGGAAUCUCUCUGUCUGAACUAGAGGCCUCAGUGGCUUCUCCCUUCACAUCCUCCAUCCCAAACAUCUCCUGUGUAACCACCCUCAUUAGGGAGGGCCGUGCGGCUCUUAUCACAUCCUUCUCUGUGUUCAAAUUCAUGGCCCUCUUCAGCAUCAUCCAAUUCUGCAGUGUCAAUCUUCUCAUCUCAAUUCCCAGCUGGUUUGGAAACGCUCAGGUUGUGUUUAUUGACUACGGCAUUUGUUUAUUCCUUCCCUUUACAAUGAGUCUGAACCCCGCAUGGAAGAAAGUGGUGCGACGUACCCCACCAUCCAGUUUGAUCACCGCCCAGAUGCUCUUCUCACUUUUGUCUCAGGUCUCCAACGCCGUGCUCUUCCAAUUUGGGGCGUUUUUUUUAGUACAACAACAGAGUUGGUAUCAUACGCUUGACCCGGGGGUCUGCAAUGAGUCCAGUGUCAGUGAGCACAGCCCCAACCAAACUGAAGAAAUAGACGUGUUCAACACCCAGGUCUUUGAAAACACCACCCUCUUCUAUGUUUCUAUCUUCCAGUACUUCAUUGUUGCCGUUGUGUUCUGCAAAGGAAAGCCUUUCAGGCGACCAAGCUAUGAAAACUGGCCGUUUGUUUUGUCCUGCUUUGUUAUGUAUGCUUUUUUCUUGAUCAUCAUGCUGUGUCCCUUUCCCGCUGUAGACAACCAUUUAAAAAUCUCGUGUAUUCCCUAUGAAUGGCGAAUUACAAUCCUCAUCAUGGUUGUGGGACAUGUUGUUUCCUCUGUCACACUGGAGAUUUUGAUCCAUGACACCUUAUGGAGGAUUGUUAAGGCCAAAAUGUGCGCAAAGCGGACCACCAAAACACCUGCUGCUAAAACAGGACAGAUGGUGAAUGCAUGUAGUUGUGGCCCGGCCUUCCUCUCCUGGAUCAUCCGUCAGAAAAACCGUCCCCCGAAGAGUAAAUACAAGCGUCUGGCUCUGGACCUGCAAGAGCAGGCUGACUGGCCUCCCGCACCUUCCACUAUCACCUAUGCCAGCAUGACUCAGCCUCUUUUCUCUGUCCCAUUUUAGAGCCAAACAUGUGUAAACAUUGAUAAAUGCCACAUUUGAAAGAUGCAUCUCUUUUCUUAGAUGAUCAAAUGAAAUAUAAUUUUUAAUAUAAAAAAGAACACAUAGUUAGAUUUUAUUAAUCAACACAAUUAUAUUGACAAUAUAUUUACAAUGUAUAAUUGUACGUCAUGUAUUUAUUAUACUGUGGCUUGAAAAAAUAAAUCUAAGUUGAGAACAAUCCAUUUUGUGAUGCUGGUUGUUUUAACUUCAAUAUAACCAAUUACAGAACACCUUAAAUUCUGGGCUAUACCGGGGUAUUCAAGCCGCUCACACCAAAUUUUAGAAGAAAUACAUAUUUUCUACAUGUAUUAGAUGCACCGGACUAUACGUCGCAGAUAUACAGUAUACCAGUAUGAAAGAUUUUGUAAAUGUUUGAUGACAUACCGAUUUUUUCCAAACGGCAAUAAAACGGCUGAUCAAACAAAACAGAAGUCAUCAUCAUGAACCCACUGGCUGCGGAAGCUAGCCCUGCAAUCAGCUAAUUAACUCCACAGUGACGUUUUGAUUAAUUUAUUAAAACUGAAACAAUGCAAAAAGAAUGCCCUUGUAAGUUAAUAAUACUAACACAGACACUUGUAAAUGUGUUAGCAUAUUAGCUAAUGCUAACAAUGCUAGCUUGAUUGUAUCACAAUAGCACAUACAAAUAUGCAUGAAAACACAUCACACAUGAGACUGUUUAGUAAGGAAGAAUAGUUUUACCGCUUGUCGUAUUGUAAAUAUCACCUAGUUCAAGUUUCUCAUUAGCUGUUUGCAAAUGCGCCAAUUCAUUGAAUUUCAAUAUUUUUGAUUCAAUAAAAAAAAGGUUUUGAAUGUUCUUGAUGUCUUGCAUUACACUGCCAGACGUGGAUACGGUGUACCUUGAAAGGAAAGCAGGAGCAUAAGCAGAGACACGACACAUCCUGGCUAUCACGUGUUUAGACCUCUGCCCUCGGGAAAGAUACAACUCGGACAAAUAGACUCAACAACAGCUUCUUCCCCAAGGCUGUGGCCUCCGUAACGCCAUUGCCACCCAUCUGCUACCGUAUCCCUUGUCCCACAUACACUCUCCUAUAUUUAACUGACAUACAAAAUGCAUGGACUCAUUAAGUGAAUUGAAUUGUAUUUAUAUAGCGCUUUUCUUUAGUGAUUCAAAGCGCUUUACAUUGUGAAACCCAAUAUCUAAGUUACAUUUUCAAACCAGUGUGGGUGGCACUGGGAGCAGGUGGGUGAAGUGUCUUGCCCAUGGACACAACGGCAGUGACUAGGAUGGCAGAAGCGGGGCUCGAACCUGGAACCCUCAAGUUGCUGGCACUGCCACUCUACCAACCGAGCUAUACCACCCCAAGGACAAUUAUUUUUAGUCUGACAGUUUUUAGUUUUUAAAGCUGCGAAUGUUUUUCAUUUUUGUUUUUAAUCUUUGUGUUUUGAUUGUGUGUUUAUCUUCAGCUGCUGUUGACAGAGAGUCACC